UAAUGAUCCUUUUAUAUGAUAUAAAAAGUUAUACAAACCAAUCGAGGGAUUGAAAUGCGACAUUGCUACACAUGUGUUCCGCGUGAAUUAAAUAAUGUAAGCCUAACAUCGAUCUUUUUUCGCUAGUCAACAAUUAAAAUUCGCGCGAUAUCGCGCAAUGCACGUUCGUGAAGAGCUCAACCAAUCAUAUGUCCGCGAGAGGGAUCAUGUGACGUAUUCUUCCUCACUAAUGAACCAUUGUUCCGCGCGGGACUAAUCGACCAAUCGCGUUGCUCUAGGUGACGUCAAGUAGCACUGUGGGGAUGACGGGAGGAGAAGGGGAAGGCUGAUUGGUCCCUCGCCAUGUUCAAUGGCCAGGGCGGCCCUUUUUCAUUUUACCCCGAUCGUUCGGAUGCUCGCGCAUCUCUUAGUUGAGUGUGAUUUGUCGCGAAUGGGUUAUCGCGUGGAGGAAAAGGAGGAAGGUGCGGUAUUGUUCGAGGAGAAGAUCCCUGCGAAGUUGAGAACGUUAACUUGAACAAUCCAGCACUGAAUUCGCGAGGAACGGAGAACCAGGAAUAUUACAAAACAUCUUCAAAAUGGAUCCUAAAAAACCUGGUAAAGGCCGUGGGUCUUUCCUAUUGGAAAUGAUGAAAAAAGCUCAGCAGGAACGUUCUCAUUCUGAAGAAAUGCCUAGUAGUUCAUCAGAACAGAUAUCAAGAUCAUCCGAAGGAUAUUCUUCAGCUCCAAGUACAAAUCUUAGCUCUGGUUCAGGAAGUUCUAGUGGAGGUCGUGGACGUGCUCAAUUAGUUAGUUUGUUAAAGUCAAUAAAUAGCACUGAUUCGGAAUCUAGAACUUCUUCUUCAUCAGCAACAGCAAGAGUAGGUCAUGGUCGAGGUAAUAUCUUGGACGUAGCGAGAAGGCUUGGUUCCGCUAAACCAGAGACAUCUGUACAAAAAAGUAUUGAAACGGGGGAUUCCACGAGAGUUUUAAGAAAAUUGGCUGAUGUUUCUGUAUAUGAUACUCCAUCCACAUCUGAUGUACAGUCUGCCCAGGACACCGUAAUAUGUCGACAAGGCAAAAGUGGAGAAAAAAUACAAAUGUUCUCCAAUUAUAUAGAUCUGAAAUUGGAGCCUGGGAAAGGUCUAUUUCAGUAUGAAGUGAAAUUUUCACCGGAAAUAGAUUCAAUAGGAUUACGUCGCAAAUUACUUAAUCAACAUUCUGCCACUUUAGGACGCACAAAAACAUUUGAUGGAAUGUUACUUUAUUUACCAACAAAAUUGCCGGAAGAUAUUACUCGUUAUGAAUCGGAACAUCCAAUGGACGGUUCAAAAAUAACCCUUACAAUUAUUUAUAAGAAAAAACAAUCAAUGAGUGAUAAUGUUCAAUUUUUCAAUAUUUUGUUCAAUCGUAUUUUACGUGCACUUAGUUUAGUUCGUAUUGGUCGACAAAACUUCAAUCCAAAUUGCGCGCACACGUUGCAUCAACAUCGAUUAGAGGUGUGGCCUGGUUAUGUGACCGCCAUAAAUGAAUAUGAAGGUGGAUUAAAAUUAUGUUUAGAUGCUAAACAUCGAGUGAUGCGAACAGAAACUGUACGAGAUUUAAUAACUGAGAUUUUUCGUAAAGGACAAUAUAAUUAUAGAGAUAAUGUAAUAAGAGAGAUAGUUGGUACGAGUGUACUGACACGAUAUAAUAAUAAAACAUAUCGUAUAGAUGAUAUCGCAUGGGAUAAAACACCAAGAUAUGUGUUUACUAGAGGUGAUGAAGAAAUGUCUUUGAUUGAUUAUUACAAAAUGCAGUGGAAUAUUGACAUAAAAGACAAAGAUCAACCGCUUUUAGUACAUCGUGCUACAAAAAGAUCAUCAACUGGCGAGAAGGAGGAAAAAACAAUUCUUCUGGUGCCCGAAUUAAGCUAUGCAGCAGGUCUGACUGAUAAUAUUCGAAAUAAUUAUACUAUCAUGAAAGAUUUAAACGGAGUUACGAAAAUGUCCCCUAAUCAACGACGAGAAGUAAUUAUACGAUUUCUAGAAGAGAUAGAAAAUAACAAAGUAACUCGGGAAUUGUUAUCGGAAUGGGGUUUACAUUUGAAUAGUGAAAUAGUUCAGUUUACUGGAAGAUGUCUCGGAGACGAAACUAUCAUUUUUGGAAAUAAUAGAACAACAAAUGAUCCACAUUUGAAAAAAGAUCUCAGACCUGGAGAUUGGAGUUCUUUAGCAGUAAGAAAUCCCAUGUUACGCACUCCUAAUUUGAACAAUUGGCAUAUCUUGUACUUUAUAAAAGAUAAAACUUGUGUUGAAGAUUUUUUAAAUACUCUGGAAAAAAUUGUAACAGCGAUCAAUAUGAAAAUUAAAGAACCACGAAAAAUUAGUUUAAAAGACGACAGAACUGAGACUUAUCUGAAAGAAAUUCAAAAUAGCAUUAGCAGUAAUAUCGAAUUAGUAGUUAUCGUAUUUCCAACGAAUCGUACUGAUCGUUAUUCCGCGAUAAAGAAAUUGUGCUGUGUACAAAAAGCUAUACCAUCACAAGUUAUUAUAGCAAAAACUAUUUCCAAGCCUCCUAAAUUGAAAAGUGUGACAGAAAAAAUUGCACUUCAAAUCAAUUGCAAAUUAGGAGGAGCACUUUGGACUGUAGCUGUGCCAUUGAAAAAUUGUAUGAUAUGCGGUAUAGACGUUUAUCAUGGCGGUACAGGAGCAGGUUCGAGAAAGAGUGUUGCAGGAUUUAUCGCAAGUUUAGAUUCCCAAAUGACUAAGUGGCACAGUAGAAUUUGUAUGCAGGCCUCUAAACAGGAAUUAGUGGAUAUGCUACAAGUGUGCUUUAUUUCUGCCAUUAAUGCGUAUCAUAAGCACAAUGGAUGUAAUCCGGAACGUAUAGUUAUAUAUCGCGAUGGUGUCGGUGAUGGCGAUUUAGAUUAUGUUGAAAAAUAUGAGGUAAAGCAAUUAUUGACGACGUUUAAUCGUAUUGCACCGAAUUACAAACCGCAGCUCACUGUUAUCAUUGUGCAGAAGCGUAUUAAUACACGGCUAUUCAUCAGAGAUAGAGGAGGUUUAGACAAUCCUAGAGCAGGAACUAUUGUCGAUUCUUGCAUAACGCGGCGAAAUUAUUAUGACUUUUUCCUCGUACCACAAAGUAUUCGACAAGGUACGGUAACUCCAACUCAUUACAUCGUUAUCCAUGAUUCAUCUACCAUGGAAACGGAUCACGUGCAACGACUUACAUAUAAACUUUGUCAUUUGUAUUACAAUUGGCCCGGUACGAUUCGUGUACCCGCUCCUUGUCAAUAUGCGCACAAACUUGUGUAUCUAGUCGGUCAAAAUAUUCUGGCUGAACCACAUCAAUCCUUUUCAGAUACCUUAUUUUAUUUGUAAUUUUAUUAUUCAACUUUCCUUAUUUUUAAUUAUCUUUCUUUUCUUUUCUCCUUGUAUGAAGUAAUAAAUAUCAUUAGGUAAGCAUUUUGGAACAAGA